AAGGGCGACGCAGCAAUGCCGGGCCCGCUGGGGCUACUCUGCUUCCUCGCCCUGGGGCUGCGCGGCUCGGCCGAGCCCAGCGGCGCGGCGCCGCCUCUCUGCGCGGCGCCCUGCAGCUGCGACGGCGACCGUCGGGUGGACUGCUCCGGGAAGGGGCUGACGGCCGUGCCCGAGGGGCUCAGCGCCUUCACCCAAGCGCUGGAUAUCAGUAUGAACAACAUUACUCAAUUACCGGAAGAUGCAUUUAAGAACUUUCCUUUUCUAGAGGAGCUACGAUUGGCUGGCAACGACCUCUCUUUUAUCCACCCAAAGGCCUUGUCUGGGUUGAAAGAACUCAAAGUUCUAACCCUGCAAAACAAUCAGUUGAGAACAGUACCCAGUGAAGCCAUUCGAGGACUGAGUGCUUUGCAGUCUUUGCGUUUAGAUGCCAACCAUAUUACCUCAGUCCCUGAGGACAGUUUCGAGGGGCUUGCUCAGUUACGACAUCUGUGGCUGGAUGACAACAGCUUGACCGAGGUGCCCGUGCAUCCUCUCAGCAACCUGCCAACCCUGCAGGCACUGACCUUGGCCCUCAACAAAAUCUCAAGCAUCCCUGACUUUGCAUUUACCAACCUUUCAAGCCUGGUAGUUCUACAUCUUCAUAACAAUAAAAUUAAAAACCUGGGUCAACACUGUUUCGAUGGACUAGAUAACCUGGAGACCUUGGACUUGAAUUACAAUAACUUGGGGGAAUUUCCUCAGGCUGUUAAAGCCCUUCCUAGCCUAAAAGAACUGUUAUUUCAUAGUAAUUCUAUUUCUGUUAUCCCUGAUGGAGCAUUUGAUGGUAACCCACUCUUAAGAACCAUACAUUUGUAUGAUAAUCCUCUGUCUUUUGUGGGAAACUCCGCAUUUCACAAUUUAUCUGAACUGCAUUCCUUAGUCAUUCGAGGCGCAAGCAUGGUACAGCAGUUCCCCAAUCUGACUGGAACCGUCCACCUGGAAAGUCUGACCUUGACAGGCACGAAGAUAAGCAGCAUAUCCAGUAAUUUGUGCCAAGAACAAAAGAUGCUUAGGACUUUGGACUUGUCUUACAACAAUAUAAAAGACCUUCCAAGCUUUAAUGGUUGCCAUGCUCUGGAAGAAAUUUCUUUGCAACGUAAUCAGAUCCACCAAAUAAAAGAAGGUACAUUUCAAGGCCUGAUAUCUCUGAGGAUUCUAGAUCUGAGUAGAAACCUGAUCCAUGAAAUUCACAGCAGAGCUUUUGCCAAGCUUGGGUCAAUAACUAACCUAGAUGUAAGUUUCAACGAAUUAACUUCAUUUCCUACGGAAGGCCUGCAUGGGCUAAAUCAGCUGAAACUUGUUGGCAACUUCAAGCUACAAGAAGCCCUAGCAGCAAAAGAUUUUGUUAAUCUCAGGUCUUUAUCAGUACCAUAUGCUUAUCAGUGCUGUGCAUUUUGGGGCUGUGACUCUUAUGCACAUUCAAACACGGAAGAUACCAGCCUCCAGGACCACAGUGUGGCAAAGGAUAAAGGUCCCACGGGUGCAGCGGGGGUCACGAGCAGUGCAGAGAAUGAAGAACACAGUCAAAUAAUUAUCCACUGUACGCCCUCCACAGGUGCCUUUAAGCCCUGCGAGUACUUACUGGGAAGUUGGAUGAUCCGUCUUACCGUGUGGUUCAUUUUCCUGGUUGCAGUGUUUUUCAACCUGCUGGUCAUUUUAACCACAUUUGCAUCUUGUACAUCACUGCCUUCCUCCAAACUGUUCAUAGGCCUCAUUUCUGUAUCCAACUUAUUCAUGGGAGCUUACACCGGCAUCUUAACUUUUCUGGACGCCGUGUCCUGGGGCAGAUUUGCUGAAUUUGGCAUUUGGUGGGAGAUUGGCAAUGGGUGCAGGAUAGCCGGGUUUCUUGCAAUUUUCUCCUCCGAAAGUGCCAUAUUUCUAUUAAUGCUGGCAGCUGUUGAAAGAAGCUUAUCUGCAAAAGAUGUCAUGAAAAACGGGAAAAGCCGUCAUCUCAAGCACUUCCGGGCUGCUGCCCUUCUUGCUUUUCUGGGAGCUGCAGUGGCAGGCUGUUUUCCACUUUUCCACAGCGGGGAGUAUUCUGCCUCACCCCUCUGCUUGCCAUUCCCCACGGGAGAAACGCCAUCUCUAGGAUUCACUGUAACCUUAGUGUUGUUAAACUCCCUGGCGUUUUUAUUAAUGGCCAUCGUCUACACAAAACUGUACUGCAACUUGGAAAAGGAGGACCUUUCAGAGAACGCACAUUCUAGCAUGAUUAAGCACGUUGCCUGGCUCAUCUUCACCAACUGCAUCUUUUUUUGCCCCGUUGCGUUUUUCUCCUUUGCGCCGUUGAUCACUGCGGUCUCCAUCAGCCCUGAAAUUAUGAAGUCUGUCACUCUGAUCUUCUUCCCGUUGCCCGCUUGCCUGAAUCCAGUCCUCUAUGUGUUCUUCAACCCAAAGUUUAAAGACGACUGGAAGUCACUGAAGCGACACAUUACCAAGAAGAGCGGAUCGGUGUCAGUGUCCAUCGGUAGCCAGGCUGGCUGCGUGGAACAGGAUUUCUACUAUGACUGUGGCAUGUACUCGCAUUUGCAGGGUAACCUGGCCAUGUGUGACUGCUGUGAGUCCUUUCUUUUGACAAAGCCAGUGUCCUGCAAACACUUAAUAAAAUCACACAGCUGUCCUGCAUUGGCGGUGGGUUCUUGCCAAAGACCGGACAGCUAUUGGUCCGACUGUGGCACGCAAUCCGCCCACUCUGAUUAUGCAGACGAAGAGGAUUCCUUCGUCUCAGACAGUUCGGACCAGGUGCAGGCCUGUGGACGAGCCUGCUUCUAUCAGAGUCGAGGAUUCCCUUUGGUGCGCUAUGCUUACAAUCUACCGAGAGUCAAAGACUGA